UCGGAUCGGAAGGUCUCGGACUCGGUACCCAGCCGCGGUGUGUGGAUUUGCUGGGUCCAUUGCCCUUCUGUUUGUCCGAUGUCUGAUUAUUGUGGCUGAAUGCCGCAAGGGUUUGGGGAUUUUUUGGGGUUUGUUUUCCAAAUGAACGCACUUUGUGCUAUUUUGUGCUUGAGUGUUUCUCCAUGAGCUGAAGAUAGCCACCGUGAAUUCUGGGUGAAUGAGCAUUGGACUGUUCACUAUUGCAGGCUUCCUUAGAAUUAGCCACGCACGUGUACACAAUCUCCCUGGCUUUUGUUCUGAAUGUCAAGCGCACAGCAAUCCUCUAAUUUUUGCUUGGAUUUCUUCCAUGCAGAACUUGAGGAAAGAUGGACGUGUUACUGCAAAUGUCUUAGUCCAUGCGAGCGAUGGCCGGGGUGAGCCUUCAAACACCUGGAAUCACUUCACCGGGAGUCACGACCCUGCGAGAGAUUGAUGAUCACGUGCCAGGAUGCUAUGCAGAAAGUCCUGCCGGGGUUGGUUGUGUUUCACGCUCCACACACCAGCUCAUCCCCUUUGCCUUUUUCUUCAUACCGUAGCCGCCGUAGCCAUUUUGGCUUCCAACGUGUUGGGCCCCCGAAGUAAAACCUCGAAGCAAAAGGAAAGCCGACCUCGAACCUCGAAGCGACGAUGAGCCUUGUGGACGAGAUCAUUGUCCCCUGCUGCCUGAUAGGUCUGGUGGCCGCCUUCGCGCAAUUCCUCGUCAUCCGGAAGAUCUCUCUGACCCCCAAUGGCAAUUUGUCCACCAGCCUCACCAGUGGUGACGCCCCUGAGAAGUUGGUGCCUGAGAUCUAUGCCAAGAUCAUGGAUGGAGCAAUCCAAUUUUUGAAGGUGGAGUAUGCGAUUUGCUGCCUCUUUUGCGUGCUCUUCUCUGGCGUCAUCUACGGCUUGGUGUCUUGGGGAACCCACAGCCACACCCAAGGUGCAUUGACCGCUGGAGCCUUCUUGACAGGAGCCUUCACCUCCAUGUUGUGCGGCUUCCUGGGCAUGAUGAUCGCCACCUACUCCAACGCACGCACCACCUUGGCAUGCGCGCACAAGGGCUACACCGAGGGCUUCAACACGGCCUUCCGCGGUGGCAGCGUCAUGGGCUAUGCCUUGUGCUCUUUAGGAGUGCUUGUGCUGUGGGUCUUGCUGAGCUACUAUCGCAAGGUGUACCCUGAGCACGAUGACUGGGAGAUCCUCUUCGAUUGUGCUGCCGGCUAUGGCCUUGGUGGCAGCACCGUGGCGAUGUUUGGUCGUGUGGGCGGCGGCAUCUACACCAAGGCGGCGGAUGUGGGUGCCGAUCUGGUGGGAAAGGUGGUGGCAGGCCUCGAUGAGGACGAUCCCAACAAUCCCGCCACCAUCGCGGACAACGUGGGUGACAACGUGGGCGACAUCGCCGGGAUGGGCGCCGACCUCUUCGGCUCCUUCGCCGAGUCCACCUGCGCCGCGCUGGUCAUCGCGGCCGCGGCGGUGGAGGGCUCCGACAACACGCUGUCGGUGGCGGGCUGGGACGCCAUGCUCUUCCCCGUGGCCAUCUCCGCGGCUGGCAUCGUGAUCUGCAUCUUGUGCGGCUUCUUUGCCACCAACAUCUCUCCGGUGAAGGUGGAAGCGGACAUCGAGAAGGUCCUGAAGGUCCAAAUGGUGCUCACAGCCAUCCUGAUGCUUCCCGUCAUCUACUACCUGGCCGUUCUGCUGCUGCCGGCGGAGUUCCGACUGGAAGGCGUCCGCCUCACCGAGAGCGGGAACCAGGCGAAGAUCCACGGUAGCCCUUUCAAGGCAUUCAUUUGCGCGACCAUGGGAUGUGUCGGAGGGCUCAUCAUUGGCCUGGUCACUGAGUACUUCACCUCCCACAGCUUCAUCCCCACCCGCGAGUUGGCCUCGGCCUGCAAGUUUGGCACAGCCGUGAACAUCAUCCAGGGCUUGGCCUUGGGCUACAAGAGCUGCAUCGUUCCAGUCUUCGUGCUGUCCUCCGCCAUCUUUGUGUCCUUCCAGCUCUGCGAUUUGUACGGCAUUGCCUUGGCGGCCUUGGGUAUGUUGGCCACGCUGAGCUGCGGUUUGACCAUCGAUGGCUUCGGCCCCAUCAGCGACAACGCCGGUGGCAUUGCCGAGAUGGCACUCUUCAACCCAGAGGUGCGGCGUCGCACCGAUGCCCUGGACGCGGCGGGCAACACCACAGCGGCCAUCGGGAAGGGCUUCGCCAUUGGCAGUGCUGCCUUGGUGUCUUUGGCACUCUACGGAGCCUUCGUGAUCAGAUUGCGGGUGAAGACCGGAGUGAACAUUUUGGAGCCCACCACCUUUGCCUUCCUCAUCAUUGGCUGCAUGAUCCCCUAUUGGUUCGCGGCUCUGACCAUGAAGUCUGUCGGAAAGGCUGCAGGAGAGAUGGUGGCAGAGGUCCAGAGGCAGUUCAGCAUGAAGGACUCGAAGGGCAAAACUUUGCUCACUGGCAGCACUGAGCUCAAGCCGGAUUCCAAGACCUGCAUUCAGAUUUCCACCCAGGCGUCCAUUCGUGAGAUGGUGGCACCCGCGUGCCUGGUCAUCUUGUCUCCCUUGGCGGCGGGAACGUUCUUCGGCGUGCAGGCGGUCUUCGGACUCUUGACGGGCUCGCUGGGCUCCUCGGUGCAGCUGGCCAUCUCCAUGUCCAACUCCGGCGGCGCCUGGGACAAUUGCAAGAAGUUCAUCAAGAACGGCUUCUCCGAUGACGUGGAGCUGCGCUACACGAAGAAUCCUCAGACCGAAGAGGAGAAGAAGGCUGCACCGAAGGCCAAGGAAGCACACGACGCAGCUGUGCAGGGCGACACUGUGGGCGACCCCUUCAAGGACACCUCCGGACCUGCCCUGAACAUCGUCAUGAAGCUCCAGGCCAUUGUGUCUCUGGUCUUCGCGGCCUACUUCGCAGCCAUCAACCAUGGCCACGGCUUAGUGCAGGUGCAGUGAGGUCUCUACCGGGCCUGAAGAGGUGCAACACCCAGUCCGACCUACACAGACUUGGCAAGAAGCUGCUUCCUAGUCUGCUUCCUGCCGAAUUUUUCUGGAACUGAUCAUGUCUUGCUGGUUGGAUCUGGGUUUUCUUAUAUAGUAGGUGAUUUGGAGUCGAUUUUGUGAUGAUCCAAGGCUCCAUGGUCGAUGCGUUCCUGGCAAAGGGGCACCAGUUCUUCCAAUGUCUUCCUUAUCUUCAAGCCAUUUUGGUCGCGAAUAAACAUGACGUGGCUCCCAGAUGACUUUCUGUUCCUUUUUUUCCCAGGUCCACAGCAUCCACAUCCGUUUACCUCACCCCAUCCAGGGCCAUCUCAACUCUCGGCUCACACAUCCGGCAAUUGGCUGGAGCAUGGAGCACUUUCUCCCGCGCACGGGCUCCCUUCCUUUGUUGGAAAGGAGCCAGUCGUCCUUUGGCGACGUCCGAUGUGAAGACGAAGUUGAAUGAGAGUCAUCGAGGGUCAUCAGGUUGGAAACUUUGGCUCAUCUUCGCAAAGGCUUCGGUCUUCGGUCUUCGGACGUCUGAAGGACAAUCAUUUGAUGGAUCGGUCUUCGUGCGGUCGACCGUCCUUGAAGUGAAGGGCCUUUUGCCUCUGCGGAAGAUUGGUCCACAGGGCCCAUUGGUGCGAGACAGACAGACACGAAUAUCAGGUCUGGUUUGAAAAAACCAAACAUCUCACGCGGCACUCCUUCAAG